AGCCUUUCUCCUCCUCCCAAAACUGAAUGCGCGCAGCUUCGCAAUCGCACCGAUCGAGGUGCCAAAGCUGAGCGCCGAGCGUUAAGCCCUAAAGGUAACGUCCCUCCCCCUGGCAAAUGAGCUCCAGUCUUCCUUUCCCUCUCACCACAACGCUUCAGACAACGGCGGGAUCGCGUCCAUCUUUAGUUAGAGAUGGUUUUACAACUCAGUCUGACUCGAGCUUUCAUCCCCGGUUCCAUGUGGCAUCGGCGCGGAGUUCUUCAAAGGCUCCGGUGCGAGUCCUAUCAAGACUGCGUCUAACUAACACCGGAAAGGUUACUAAGAGAAAAGAAAUGAUUUGUGACAAAGAGGAUAUCACUAAACAACAACGGUAACUUUAACAGUUUUUUUUUUAAAGCAGCCGCCUUUAAACGGCACUAGCUGAAGAUCUUUCAACCAUGCCUGUCCGAAGAGGUCAUGUUGCGCCUCAGAAUACAUUUCUUGGAGUAAUAAUACGAAAAUUCGAAGGACAAAACAAGAAAUUCAUCAUAGCAAACGCCAGGGUGCCCAACUGUGCCAUCAUCUACUGCAAUGAUGGCUUCUGCGAGAUGACGGGCUACUCACGGCCAGACGUUAUGCAGAAGCCCUGCACCUGUGACUUCCUGCACGGCGAGCUCACCAAGCGCCAUGCCAUCUCCCAGAUGGCCCAGGCACUGAUGGGCUCUGAGGAGCGGAAGGUGGAGAUCACCUACCACCGCAAGGAUGGUUCCGAUUUUCUGUGCAACACACACAUUAUCCCGGUGAAGAACGAGGAUGGCGUGGUGAUGAUGUUCAUCAUCAACUUCGACUACGUGCUCUUCGAUGGCAGCAGUGACUCGCUGGAGCACUACCCUGUCACACCGCCAGCAAAGGCUGAGAACCGCAAGGGGAGAUUUUUCCGUUUCCGCCUGCCAGCCCUCAGCCUUCUGGGCACCAGCAAGCAGUCCCUCCCCCAGGAGGAUCCGGACACGGUCAUGAUCGACUCGCCCAAAGACAGCGAGGACUCAGUGGCCAUGAGGGACUUCCGCUCGCCCACCAAGGACAGCUGCAGCCCCACCAAGGCUAACGAUACACUGGCGCUCAUCGGCUCUAGCCUCCCGUCCUCGCCCGUCAGCGUGGCCAGCCCGGUCAACCACUCGUCCCCCAAGCAGGACGCGUGGGACAGGCGCAGCUCCACAUUGCUCCAGUCCACCACCUGCUUGGCCCAGGUUCCGUCCCGUGACAGCCUGUAUAGUCGGAGGCGAGCUUCCUCGGUUCACGAUCUCGAGAGCUUCAGCGCCAACACCAAGCGGGUGUUCAGGCACACAAGUGAAGGUCCAUUCAACCAUCUCAAAUCCAGCCUGUUGGGUUCCACCUCCGACUCCAACAUCAACAAGUACAGCACCAUCAACAAGAUUCCGCUCAUUGCCCUCAACUUCACAGAUGCCAAUGACAGGAAGCCCCCAUCUCCACCGUCCUCAGAGAAAACCAUCAUUGCCCCAAAAGUCAAAGAUCGAACACACAACGUGACAGAGAAAGUAACACAGGUCUUGUCUUUAGGUGCUGACGUGCUGCCCGAGUACAAACUCCAGACGUCUCGCAUUGACAAGUUCACCAUCCUGCACUACAGCCCGUUCAAAGCGGUGUGGGAUUGGCUGAUCCUGCUGCUCGUCAUCUACACGGCCAUCUUCACACCCUACUCAGCCGCCUUCCUGCUCAAUGACCGCGAGGAGCAGAAGCGGCGCGAGUGCGGCUACUCGUGCAGCCCGCUCAACGUGGUGGACCUGAUGGUGGACAUCAUGUUCAUCAUCGACAUCCUCAUCAACUUCCGCACCACCUACGUCAACCUAAACGAGGAGGUGGUCAGCCACCCGGCCAAGAUAGCCAUCCACUACUUCAAGGGCUGGUUCCUCAUCGACAUGGUGGCAGCCAUCCCCUUCGACCUGCUCAUAUUCGGGUCGGGAUCCGAUGAGACCACCACGCUGAUCGGCCUGCUGAAAACGGCGCGGCUGCUGCGGCUGGUGCGCGUGGCCCGCAAGCUGGACCGCUACUCGGAGUACGGUGCAGCCGUGCUCAUGCUGCUCAUGUGCAUCUUCGCGCUCAUCGCCCACUGGCUGGCCUGCAUCUGGUACGCCAUCGGCAACGUGGAGAAGCCCUACCUGGAGCACAAGAUCGGCUGGCUGGACAACCUGGGCGUGUCCAUCGGCAAGCGCUACAACUACAGCGACCCGAGCUCGGGCCCGUCGAUCAAGGACAAGUAUGUGACGGCGCUCUAUUUCACCUUCAGCAGCCUGACCAGCGUGGGAUUCGGCAACGUCUCGCCCAACACCAACUCCGAGAAGAUCUUCUCCAUCUGCGUCAUGCUCAUUGGCUCUCUCAUGUACGCCAGCAUCUUUGGCAACGUGUCAGCCAUCAUCCAGCGGCUCUACUCCGGCACGGCGCGCUACCACAUGCAGAUGCUGCGGGUCAAAGAGUUCAUCCGCUUCCACCAGAUCCCCAACCCCCUCCGCCAGCGCCUGGAGGAGUACUUCCAGCACUCCUGGACCUACACCAACGGCAUCGACCUCAACACGGUGCUGAAAGGUUUCCCCGAGUGUCUGCAGGCGGACAUCUGCCUGCACCUCAACAAUAACGUGCUGGAGGAGUGCAAGGCCUUUCGGGGGGCCACCAAAGGCUGCCUGCGUGCACUGGCCAUGCACUUCAAGACCACCCACUGCCCACCCGGCGACACGCUGGUCCAUUCCGGCGACGUGCUUACUGCCCUCUACUUCCUGUCGCGCGGCUCCAUCGAGAUCGUUAAGGACGACAUCGUGGUCGCCAUCCUCGGGAAGAACGACAUCUUUGGGGAGCUGAUCCACCUCUAUGCAAAGCCAGGGAAGUCCAACUCAGAUGUCCGGGCCCUGAGUUACUGUGACCUGCACACCAUCCAGAGGGAGGAACUGUUAGAGGUGCUGGACAUGUACCCAGAAUUUUCUGACCACUUCCUCACCAACCUGGAGCUUACGUUCAACCUUAGAGAUGAGAAUGCUAAGAACACAUACUCACAAGGCAGUGAUUCAGAUGGAGAAGAUACCAAGAGCCGAAGAAAAAUUUCUUUUAAACGCAAGCCUUCUAAAGGGGAGAGCAACAAGGAAGUGGAGAGCGACUCCAGGAAAGACAGGGAGUCAUACGCCGGCUCCAAGAGGGGAUCGGAAGACAGGAGGCACUCCAGGGACAGUCAGCAGCAGCAGCAGCAGCAGCAACAGCAGCCACCACAGCAGUCACUGCCGCCUGGGUUCCCCAGCUCGGGGAUUCUGGGAUAUCCCUCAGUCCAGGAUUACGCCCUCACCCCAGACUAUAGCUACACCAGCGACAUCCAGGCGAGAGACGUCACGGAGAAAAAACAGAUUGACAAAGCGGUAGAUGAGUGGGCCUGCGAAAAGCCCAGGGACUUCCUGCAGGAAAUGGUGCAGUCUCCUGACGCGCAAGGAGCCGACGACUCGGGCAGCGAGAUCACCUAUGGAGAGGUGGAGCAUCGCUUGGACCAGCUCCAGGAGCACCUGAACAGGCUGGAGUCUCAGAUGACGUCGGACAUCCAGACCAUUCUGCAGCUGCUACAGAGGCAGUCGUCCAUGGGCCCCCCGGCCUACAGCACGGUGACGGCCAGCCCGGAAUACAAGAGGCCUGCCAUCCGGGUGCAGCCCAUCGCCGCCAUCAUGACUGCCCAGUCCCCCAGUCAGCCAACACAGAACACUGAUUUCUUCAGCUUGGCACAGCUCCCUCAGAACCCCAAAGAGUCACCGUCAGGCCUGGUCCCCCUGGACAGCGCACGACCCGACGACCCCCUCUCAGCAUUACUGGCCGUGGACGCCUGCGUGGACCACAGACACUCUUCCCCGCAGACUGCUCUCGUCAAGCAGCAGCAGCAGCAGCACUCCCAGCCCAUGCUGCCCAUCCAGCCUCCCUCCUCCUCCUCCUCCUUAGACCCAUCACACAGUGCAGGGGCAGCAGGACUCCACAAACCCCAGUCUGACCCUGCGCUCAUGAGGGAGUAGCGCUCCCCCUCGCCCACCCCCCCACCCCACCUCUCCCUGGCUCUGGCUCUCUGUCUGCUGCAGCCUAAAGUCACUCAGGGUCUGGUUGGCCGUGUUGACUGUCUGUCCGUUCUCUCAUCACACUGUAUGUAGCUGUACCACUGGCAAACCUUCUCUUCCGUAGUUUAGCACUUUCCUUGAGACAUUCGUUGUGGUUCUUGGAGAUAUGUGUGCAAAAUGACAAGAGGAUACCUGAAAAGGUCAAGGUCCAUGAACAUGUCCUGUCACGUGAUGUAGCCAGCAACUUGAAGAAAACAGCACAGGCUUGUUGACCAAGGGGAAGGACAAAGGGUGUGUUUUAGAGUAUUUCUGACUCUUGAGUAUUCAUUUUCUUUCUCUUAACAUAACAAAGUAACCAGACGUCCUUUUUGAAAUAUGGCCUGCUACUCCAGAUUGCCCUGUAGUGGCCUAGUGUUGUCCUACACCAGAUCAUGCAGAUCAGAGCUGCAUCUCUGAUGCAGAUUAAAUAUCAGCCAAAAAAGAAAAUCACAGCAAAUAGUGCCUAAACAGACAGUGAACUGAAUUGAUAUCAACCAUGAAAGGCUUUAUUGUUGCCUCAGUUGAAUAUUACAUAAACACUUUAGACGUAUCGUAUUUCAUAACGUUGCUUGUUCAGUAGUAUAUCCACCAUGGGCCCCAUGUUCUAAAACAGUAUAAAAUGAAGGUCAUCCAUUGUUGAAUGCCAUCUCUCUGACGGUUACAACGAUCUGAGAGUGAUGAUACAAUGUGUAAUUGGGGGAAAGUGAGAACAAAGGGCCUUCCUCCACACUAACCAGAUAUUGAGCACACUUCAAAUGCAAGGCUGGUGCCACCAACUUUGGCCCUAGGGUUUACUUGUAUAAGCAAUAAAGUCACAUACACACACACACACACACACACACACACACACACACACACACACACACACACACACACACACCACACAUACACACACACACAAACACACAUUUGUAAAUGGUGUCACCGCAAGGCACAUGUCUGCACCAAGUUUGUCUUUUUACUUCUUUAGUCUUUACGAGCUCGUAAAAGCAGAAAAUGCCCUGGCGGUUUACACUGACACUGGCUACAUGUUGGUUUCUUGUACAAUUCCAUAUUUUAAACCAGGUUUUUAAGCUUGAUGUUGCACAAACCCUACAUUAGGUAUUUAUUAGAAAAGCUUGAAAUGGCUUUAUUUAAUUCUUUUUCUAUACUGAUAGUUGAUUGUAAUUAUAUUUACUUCAAAGGAUUGAGAAAUUAGAGCAUAUUUUGCAUGUUGGAUACCCACAGAGUAUAUAUCAAGAAACUGUUGGAUCCAGUUGUUUCCUAAUGGCAUGUGUAUGUUUUGGGGCUUCCAGAAAUUAAGAAAUAGCUAAUAUAUUCAAAGCAUCGUGCUUAUAAUCCUAUAUCUGAACUAGGUUGGUCCCGCAUAUUGGGACAUAACCACACUCUGUAAUCAAAAUGUUCUGCAAAAGCAUACUGACUUGCUUGACCCUUGACCCAAACUAGAGAAAUCUGACAUCUCUCAGUAUUUUGACCCCCACCCUCACCCCCACCCCGAAACAAUAAGAGUGAGUCAUCUUUAUAUCCAAUGAAGUCACUGGCUGUAGCACAUGAUAAACAGAAGAAACAAAUGACAAUAAGACACAAAGGCUGCACAGGAACUUGCUGGUUCAAGAGCUUUGUGAUUUAUUUUACCAUGUUUAAGAUAUUCCCUUCUGAGGAGAGAACUUGCACUUUUCGAUCAUGUAAGCGCCGUUUCUGCACUGUAAUAUUUUCUGUGUAAAUAUGUAUAAAGUGCAGGUUUGGAGAAACAACAAUAAGCAAUGGGGAACUGUUGAUGGAGCAUUGUGUUGAUAUUGACAGUGUGAUAAUGAAAUGUUAGGCUACUGCAAUCAUUUGCACAUCAACUUCAGACUUAUGAGGCAGUCUCUUUUUAACCUACAGUAUAGUGUGUUUCACAGUUGUUUUUAUGCAUAUAUGCCACUGUAUAUUUUAUACAUUGCAACACUUUACAACUGAUUAUUUGAAUGUUUCAGUUCUUAAAUGAAUUAAAUGUAUU